AUGCAUGGGGAGGGGACACGGGUGCCUGUCAUGGUGUGGAUCCCAGGGGGCGCCUUUGAAACUGGCUCAGCCUCCAUCUUCGAUGGGUCCGCCCUGGCCGCCUAUGAGGAUGUGCUGGUUGUGACCAUCCAGUACCGGCUAGGAAUAUUUGGUUUCUUCAGGCUAGAGCUCUUAAGGAGGCUUCCUGGGAAGGUCCUGUCCCCCAUGCCCACUGGCUUAUUCCACAGAGCCAUCAUGGAGAGUGGGGUGGCCAUCAUCCCUUACCUGAAGGCGCCCGAUGACGAGAGAAGUAAGGAUUUGCAGAUGGUUGCGGAUGCUUGUGGCUGCGAUGCAUCAGACUCCAAGGCCCUGCUGAAGUGCCUGAGGGCAAAGUAGUCCAAGGAGCUGCUGCGCCUCAGCCAGAAAGCAAAGUCUUUCACUCGAGUGGUUGAUGGUCUUUUCUCUGAUGAUCCUCUCGAACUAUUGACUCAGAAAGCAUUUAAAGCAAUUCCUUCUAUCAUCGGAGUCAAUAACCACGAGUGUGGCUUCCUGCUGCCCAUGAAGGAGAUUCCGGAGAUCCUUGGUGGCUCCAACAAGUCUUUUGCCCUCCUUUUGAUACACUCCAUUCUGCACAUCCCCACCCCGUGUAUGCACCUUGUGGCUAAUGAAUACUUCCACGGCAAGCACUCCAUGGUUGAAAUCCGAGACAGUUUACUGGACUUGUUUGGAGAUGUGUUCUUUGUGGUUCCUGGGCUGGUCACAGCUACAUAUCACAGAG